AUGACAUCCGUCAGACUGGAUCGUGCCAGACGAGGGAAACGUUCUCUGUGGGAGGAAGGUGAAGAUCUCCUCUCUCAGUUCCCAUCAACAGAAUUCCAUACAGGGGAGAAAACCUAUCAGUGUGUGGAAUGUGGAAAAAGCUUCAGGCAGAGCGCCAAUCUCACUUCCCAUCAAAGAAUUCAUACAGGGGAGAAACCCUAUCAGUGUGUGGAAUGUGGAAAAAGCUUCAGUACGAACUCCAAUCUCACUUCCCAUCACAGAAUUCAUACAGGGGAGAAACCCUAUCAGUGUGUGGAAUGUGGAAAAAGCUUCAGGCAGAGCGCCAAUCUCACUUUCCAUCAAAAAAUUCAUACAGGGCAGAAACCCUAUCAGUGUGUGGAAUGUGGAAAAAGCUUCAGGCAGAGCGCCAAUCUCACUUUCCAUCAAAAAAUUCAUACAGGUGAGAAACUCUAUCAGUGUGUGGAAUGUGGAAAGAGCUUCAGUCAGAGCUCCGCUCUCACUUCCCAUCAAAGAAUUCAUACAGGGGAGAAACCCUAUCAGUGUGUGGAAUGUGGAAAGAGCUUCAGUCAGAGCUCCUCUCUCACUUCCCAUCACAGAAUUCAUACAGGGGAGAAACCCUAUCAGUGUGUGGAAUGUGGAAAGAGCUUCAGUAAGAGCUCCCAUCUCACUUCCCAUCAAAGAAUUCAUACAGGGGAGAAACCCUAUCAGUGUGUGGAAUGUGGAAAAAGCUUCAGUACGAGCUCGGAUCUCACUUUCCAUCAAAAAAUUCAUACAGGGGAGAAACCCUAUCAGUGUGUGGAAUGUGGAAAAAGCUUCAGGCAGAGCACUGAUCUCACUUCCCAUCAAAGAAUUCAUACAGGGGAGAAACCCUAUCAGUGUGUGGAAUGUGGAAAGAGCUUCAGGAAGAGCUCCAAUCUCACUUCCCAUCAAAGAAUUCAUACAGGGGAGAAACUCUAUCAGUGUGUGGAAUGUGGAAAGAGCUUCACUCAUAGCUCCUCUCUCACUUACCAUAUAAUUCAUACAGGGCAGAAACCCUAUCAGUGUGUGGAAUGUGGAAAAAGCUUCAGGCAGAGCACUGAUCUCACUUCCCAUCAAAGAAUUCAUACAGGGGAGAAACCCUAUCAGUGUGUGGAAUGUGGAAAGAGCUUCAGUAAGAGCUCCUAUCUCACUUCCCAUCAAAGAAUUCAUACAGGGGAGAAACCCUAUCAGUGUAUGGAAUGUGGAAAGAGCUUCAGUCAGAGCUCCAAUCUCACUUCCCAUCAAAAAAUUCAUACAGGGGAGAAACCCUAUCAGUGUGCAGAAUGUGGAAAGAGCUUCACUGUUACCUCUAAACUCACUUCCCAUCAAAGAAUCCAUACAAAGAUUGGAAAAACCAUUAUACAGCUUUAG